AUGACGCUAAUCUGCCGCUGUAUCCACAAGUGCUUGGGCGUCUGCCGCCGCAACAGACGUGGCCAGAAUUCCCAAAACCCAGUACUCCCUGUUACUAAACAGCCUACUGGACCUGACAUUCCACUUAGCGUAAUGCACCCUAAGCAGCCCGCAAGCCCGGUCCCACCCCCACCCAGAGAUUCAGAGAUUGUCCGAACAAAAAGGCCAGCUCGAUCCUCCCCAACGCCAACUCGAACGGCAAGGCGAGGUCGAGUCUCCGCGCAAGGCGGAGUUGCAAGGCCGGGUAAGUCCCCGAAGACAAAGCUAAGUAAAACCGCGAGGCUACAGCUGGGUAAAGCCGCGAAGGCCGCCGGCGACAGUGAAGAUAACAUCAGCGAGGAGGAAUACCCCCCACUCCCGCCUUCAAGAGAAGGCUCUCACACGGGAAUCACACCUGAAUUGAGUGAUAUUGAUAUUAACGAGCCCAGGGAUGUUGACGAUAUUGAGAUACCAGAUGCCGAAGUUGACGACACUGACAUACCAGAGGCUGAACCCGGUGAUGAACUUUUUUACUUCCCUACAGCCCCCGGACUUCCAGAAGAUGAUGAGGAAGAUCAAGAGGAUAUCUCAGCCGAGGGAAUGGUAUACUUCGGUUCACGAUCCCGCACUGACAGACCUACAACGCCCGCGGGUCAAGUCGAACAAGCCGAGCAGUCCCCUAACAGCAGGAAGCGGGGACGCGUCGAGGAUACUGCACAGGAAGGUCAAGAAUUGAGCCCAGCUGCUACAGCUGUGCGUUCUCCUUCUCCCGGCUUCGAGGACUCCUUCUCCGACUUCGAGUACGACAUGUAUCCAAUGCCUAAGGAUGCGCAAGUGGCCACAUUCCGACGAAAAGGAGCUCAAGUAAUAGCUUGGUUAGAAGACCCAAACGAACCAAACUGCGAUAUUGCCCAGACAACCACGACCCUACACGACCUGAUGAACAACCUCCCGGAAGAAAGUCGUUUCCAAGUUAAAGAAUCAAAUUUCCAAAAUCUCGGCAACCUUUUUCAAGGAGCCGAACCCGAAUCCAUGGGACUUGAUACCACACCAAAUAGUUACCGGAAAUCAACGGUUUUCAGCCCAGUCGUCGACCAAGAGAUCCUAGAUAAGUUUGGACUUGCAGGCAUGACUAAUGGCUUCGAACACAUAGUCGGACCGGGUGUACUUGUUGCUACAAGCAUUUUCAGGCACGAUUGCGUUCAGUGGAAUGUAGUCGCCAGGGCCGUGUAUGAGUGGGACCACCCCAUUAGCACUCUGAGACAUAUCAUGUUUGAAAUGAUUGUCAAUAGCGAGACCGCACCAUAUAUCAGGCGGGUAGCUUAUGCCAGGCAUGGCCGCGAUUUCUCCACUGCGCGUAAUGAGCCAUGCCUCAAAAUCGAACGUGGCACUCGUGAGUAUGAGGAACUCCUCGGCACAAAAUUAGGCAGAGCAGCCGCCAUCCUUCUUAUAUCAUGUUUCCCCAGAGGUACGGUCCGUAUCGCUCGAGCAGUCGCUUGGAAUGACGGUACAACAGAGCUAAGAUUCGAGAUUGAGCCCAUCCCUGCUAACCCUUAA